AUGUCAAUUGGAAGUUCCUCCUUUACUUGCUUCAAAGGGUGGUUCCGAGAUAGGUGGAGGAAAUGGAUCGAAACAUGUAUUUCGUCCAUUAUGUUCUCUGUUCUUGUGAACGGAUCUCUUACUGGUUUCUUUACGAGCUCUCGAGGUUUGAGACAAGAAAACACCUUGUCGUAUUUUCUAUUCUUUAUAGUCAUAGAGGGUUUGAGCAGACUAAUGGAGAGCGAAAAAUUUGGGUUAUAUCAGGGGGUUCUGAGUCGGCAAAGAUGCAGCUCAUUAGAUGGAGAUCUCCCAUUUGCUGCAGUUUCCGGGCUAAAGAUCAAUGUUGGAAAGAGUGUGUUUGUCCCAGUAGGGGAUGUUCUAGAUAUUUCCUCCUUAGAUACAGUUCUUGGGUGUGGGGUGGGUGCUUUCCCUCUUCCUUAUUUGGGAUUGCCUUUGGGGGUUUCCUCUAGGAGGGUGGGGAGUUGGGCAUGA